AUGGCAGAUUCAUCUAUGAACUCAUUGACAAUGGCUCCUACUAAUGAUGAUGUUCCGAUAAAACUCGAGACCUCUCAUAACCUCUUAUCUUCUCCUCAAUUAUCUGCAUUGAAACGAAGAGUAUCAUCGACAGAGUUGGAAUCACCAGAAAAGAGGCAGAGGAUUGAAUUCGAAUCGGCGCAACCACAACUUUCCAUCCCCGAUUCUGCCAAUGAAAUUGUCGCUAUACCACCCGCAGAUGAUGUAGAUGAUGGUUUGGGGGAUCUCGAUAUCGACGCUAUCAUUGCCUCUGGUGUUGCUCAUGUCUCAGCCGAGUACCAAGAUGCGGGAACUAUGGAAAUGAAUGAUCAUACCUCCCAUCAAGACCAAUCGCAUGACGCCAACAUCAGUACACUUUCUCCCCCGAAAACUCCUCAUGCUCAAAUCCGACAACCGAACAGUCGUGCUGCCUACGAACGACUCCGGACCGAUCAUCAACUGUCUCUGCAGGUAAUAAGUCUAAUGUCAUUGGAAUGUUUGGCUGUACAAAUGUUAAACAUUCUUUCCGAAGGAGGAUACGAUGAGAUAGUCGUCAUGGUAACGCAAAGAGAUACCGCUCGUGGACUUUCAUUCCAAACAUUGAACGAUCUUUUCGACAAAACAAAAAGAAUUUAUGGAACUUCAACCUUUCUCUCUGCCGACGAACUCAAUAUCAUCGACCCAGCUCAACGAGAGAUUAUCAGACUUGCAAAUCAUGCGACUUUUGUAUCCAGCGUAUUUGGUGGACAAGAGGUUGGAUUUUAUGAACUCAAUGAACAUUUCGUCAACACCUGGACUCGGGAAGGAGAGGCCAUAUCGAAAGCAUCGGGUCAAUUGCUCAUGAACUUGAAGACACAAAUUAUUGUUGCAGCGCUAUCAAUGGAAGAGUCAGACAAACCUGUCGAGGAUCUUAUAGAUGAGAUAUUUUCACCAGAGUUCCGGAAUCUUCUCUCCCAAAGACAUCCCUAUCCUCUCACAGAUGAUGAGCUACAACUACUCGUCGAUUUAGAUAUUAGAAGAGUGUAUUUGAUUAACCAAGGAAAUGAUCCCGCCAAAAUUAAGGAACUAAGUGAUCUCUUCAACUGGGACUCUUUUCUAAGAUCCACCCAUAUUCAUAUGGAUGCUUAUAGACCAUUGGUAGAACCUUAUAUGUCUAAAUAUGGGCUCACGAUCCCCACUUCGACUGGAUACUCGCAGGGUUCAAAUGGUGGUCCAUCGAAUGGAAAUGCUUUUGCAUACGUUGGCACUAAUGCAGAUACUGAGCAUACAACUCAAAACGUCCCCGAAGAUGCAGGCAUAUAUCAACAAUCGACUACUCCGCAGAAUGGCUAUCGUCAAUCUCAAUAUCAAACUACCUAUCAACCACCCAAUCAAUCACCUAACACUUACUCAACUCAAUAUAAUACUACUACAUCUACAACUACGCCUCAUCAUUCUCAAUCUGAAUCAACCUCUGCUCUUUACGAAAAAGCUAGACAAGCUGCAGCUGCAAAGAAUAAUCCGGGACAGAAAGCUAGACCUGGACUGCCAUCUCAACGUCGUCCAUGGAGCACAGAAGAAGAAAAUGCCUUGAUGGCAGGUCUCGAUUCGGUCAAAGGUCCACAUUGGAGUCAAAUACUUGCUCUUUACGGCGAUAAAGGAUCAGUCAGCACUAUUUUGCGCGAUCGUAACCAAGUUCAACUGAAAGACAAAGCGCGAAACCUUAAACUAUUUUUUCUCAAGAGUAAUAUUGAGGUUCCAUACUAUCUUCAAUGUGUGACUGGUGAACUGAAGACCAGAGCACCAACUCAAGCGGCCAGGAAGGAAGCGGAAGAAAGAGCCAGACUGGCAGGGAAUGAAGAAAGUGCAAGAUUUCAUGGUGUGUUGGCAUUGGCUGCAGGUAUGCAGAAUUCAAACCAAGAGAGUGGAAACGGAAGUCCUUAUCAACAAACUCCAGAACCUAUGGAAGAUCAUAAAAGCGGAAGCAAUAGCCCCGAGAUAUUGCAAGUCGAGGAAUCCAGACAUGACGAAUCACAACAAGUCGAAAGUCAUCACCAAAAUCUGGAAAUGCAGGAAAUGAAUGUGGAGGAUAGAUUGAGACAGCAGUUGUUAGCUGCUACCAAUAUCUAA